AAAAAAACAUGCUUCAUUCUUGUACGGAGUACACAAACCUGAAUGCACGAAGAACUCUACAACAGGGCGUAGAAUAUUUCCCAUAGCAAUCGUAUUCCACCAUCAAAAAUCGCCAGUCGCCAGAUCAGUGCCACCAUUCGUCGUCGGUAGAUCUUCAACGUCAAAUGGGUUGCGCUUCUUCUGUACCUGAUAGAACUGCUAGAGGGCCGAAUGGUCUUAAUCCUGGUGGUGAUGGUCCUUCCGAUGCCAAAAAUUUAAAAGUUAAGCUUGUGCUUCUCGGCGAUUCUGGUGUUGGAAAAAGUUGUAUUGUUCUUCGUUUUGUGCGUGGUCAGUUUGAUCCUACAUCCAAGGUGACUGUUGGAGCCUCUUUUCUCUCGCAAACAAUAGCAUUGCAGGAUUCAACUACUGUUAAAUUUGAAAUAUGGGAUACUGCUGGGCAAGAAAGGUAUGCAGCCCUGGCUCCACUUUAUUAUCGAGGAGCUGCAGUUGCCGUUAUUGUAUAUGAUCUAACAAGUCCCGAGUCAUUUACAAAAGCUCAAUAUUGGGUAAAGGAAUUGCAAAAACAUGGGAGUCCUGAUAUAGUCAUGGCUUUGGUUGGGAACAAAGCUGAUCUUCUAGAUCGUAGAGAAAUACCUGCAGAGGAGGGAAUCGAAUACGCAGAGAAGAAUGGGAUGUUCUAUAUUGAGACCUCCGCAAAGACUGCUGAUAACAUUAAUCAACUCUUUGAGGAAAUUGCUAAACGACUUCCGAGGCCUGACACAUCACAAUAACUGGAGCUCUAUUCUAGAAAAUGGGUAAAAUUGAAGAAUGCCACUGUUGUAUAAAUUUCGAAAUUUAUGUUUAAAGUGCUUGUAUUUGUUGUAGCGAGGAUUUUAAGUUGGAUGUACAGAGUGGGGAGAACAAAUGUAAUGCAUAGUUGAAAGCCAUUGUUGGCGUCAGUCUGUUAAUCAUCUGGCAUUCAGAUUGAUAAAGUUGGUUAGUACCUUGAACAACUCCUCUUUCCUAUUGGCUUGUAUUUGAUGAUGUUUAAGGCUGGUGUAUGAAAAUCAUUGUCUUGUACGUUUAA